AUGAGAAUCUCGGGUGAUUUUUUUGGUUUGAACUUCUAUGGAUUUGAUUAUGACCCAUCUGAAGAGAAUUAUGUUGUAGUUCAAAUUUAUCUUAGUAAAUGUGAUCCAUCUCAUCAUGCAUUCGUCUAUUCUUUGAAUGGUGCUUCAUGGAGGGAUUUCGAAGAUGAGUCCCUAAAGACAAUUACACAGCCUUGUAUUUCUGUUCAUCAGGGAUAUUCAAAAUUUUAUCAGCUAAAUAUUCCUGGUGAAGUUGAAUUAGAGGAAUUUAGUCUUUGUUGUUUGAGAAAUAUAAGACACUGUUUGGCUUUCUAUACUGUGAAGCGAGAUGAAAACUGGGACUACAUGGUUGGCAUAUGGGAAAUGGAAGAAUAUGAUGUCCACACGUCUUGGACUAAGGUCACAAGUAUGCAAGUCAGUAAUAAUUUUGCAGGAUAUAUGUUACCGGCGUGUUCCUCAGAUGAUUCAAUUAUCUUUGUCAACAGUGAAACGAGAGUUAUGGCCACAUGGAAUGCAAGGGAUGAGACAUUACAAUAUAGGACUUUUGAUCGUGUAGUGCAAUAUGAGCACCAGAUGAUAGUGUGUGAAGAGACACUGCUGUCAACCUAA